UCCAACUAUUUCCCUCCAUAUUUGAUUCCUCCCCACCAGGAAACCCUAAACUCCAUAAACCUCCUCUUACUCUCUUUCUUUGAAGUUCCAUCAGCGUUAACAAUGGCAGGCGCAGAGAUUGACGACGGUUUCCCAGCUGAUAGACUCUUCGCCCAAGGUUACUCCUAUACUUAUGACGACGUCAUCUUCCUUCCACACUACAUCGACUUCCCCACUGAUUCUGUCUCCCUCGCCACCCGUCUCACUCGCAACAUUUCUCUUUCUAUCCCCUGCGUCGCCUCCCCGAUGGACACCGUCUCCGAGUCCCACAUGGCUGCCGCCAUGGCCGCGCUUGGUGGCAUCGCCUUUAUCCACUCCAACUGCGAACCUUCUCUCCAGGCCUCUAUCCUCCGCUCCGCCAAGUCGCUCCGUUUCCCACUGGCCUCUACUGCGAUCUUCAAGUUUCCAGACCACCAGAUUGCGUCCAUAAAUGAUUUCGAAUCCUCUUCCGUCGUUUUCGUCUCUCAAACAGGAUGCUUGGGCCCAAAGCUUUUGGGGUAUGUGUCCAAAUCGGAUUGGUUGUCUAUGAAUAGCAAAGAGAAAGAGAUGAAGAUUUUUGAUUAUAUGCGUGACUGUGAGAGCAGGGAUUACUAUGUCUCGUGGGCUUGUGAUUUGGACAUUAUUGAGGCUGCUUUGGAGAAUAAGAAGAAGGGUUUUGUGGUGGUGGAGAGGGAUGGUGAGGCAGUGAAUGUAGUGACUGAGGAAGAUGUGGAGAGGUUCAAAGGGUAUCCAAAACUGGGACAGGGAACGGUUGGACCAGACGGGCAGUGGAUGGUGGGAGCAGCCAUUGGAACAAGGGAAUCAGACAAGGAGAGGUUGGAGCACUUGGUGAAGGCAGGUGUUGAUGUGGUGGUUUUGGAUAGCUCGCAGGGGAAUUCCAUUUACCAGAUUGAUAUGAUCAAGUACGUGAAAAGAACAUAUCCCCAGCUGGAUGUGAUUGGUGGGAAUGUGGUCACCAUGUACCAGGCACAGAAUUUGAUUCAGGCUGGUGUAGAUGGACUGAGAGUUGGUAUGGGGUCUGGAUCUAUUUGUACCACCCAAGAGGUUUGCGCAGUUGGCCGAGGACAG